UAAAACACAACUGCCUCGCUCUCCGCUUUCAGUCUCUCCCUCCACCUCUCUAUACAGCGCUGGUGUCUCCGAAUUUCCGACCUUACGCUCGAAGCAGCAGAAGAGAGAGCGAUUGAAUGCUCCAUUCGAAGAUGAACGAUUCCGAGAAACUGAUGGCCGUGAAGAAGGCGUACGCGGGGAUUAUCUUAGGCAUAGCCAAGGAGGCGGCGGCGCGAGUGAAGGCAGCAGAAAGAAGAGCUUCUCGGUUUCAGGCGGAACUCGCUGAAUCUAAAGAAGAGUCCUUGCGUUUGCUUAUGAGGUUAAAGCAAAUGUAUGCUGCCAAGUUGAGUGAAGCAGAAAUAACAUCAGCAUGGCAGCAAGAAAGAAUUGCAGACCUUGAGACACGAUUUCAGGAAGCUAAAAAUUCUGCCAAAGAUGUUAGAGAAGAGUUGAAGGAUACUCAAGAUAAGUCGGAAAUUGAAAGAAGUCAUAAGUCGCAUCAGGUUAGUCAGGCUCAUACAAUUGGUGAUACUGUGAAACUUGAAGAAGUAUUAGGGGGAAACAUAUGUGAUACUUCUCAUUCCAAAGGACAGUCUCAGUCUGAUUCACAAACAGCACAAGUUUCUGGCAUGAAUAUCAGUUCUUCUUUUGUCCCAGUGAUGAGAGGGAAAGAGGCUAAGCUUAAAGGAUACAGGCGCAGUCCGAGAGUGCAGGCAUUGGAAAAGAAUUCGUCAGCACAGCUGUCUUUCUCUGGACAAGAGAAGAAUGUUGAACAUGGGACAUUCAGUGGGGGAAGAGAAGGUAGAGUGUCAGCUACGGUAUCCAACCUCCCAGUGGAUAAGAAGUAUGGGAGGAAGAGAGCACCCUCUGCAUUGAAAGUGACAAAAGAGAACUACAAUGAGGUCAUCAAAGCUAUUGUAAGAAAAAGAAAAAGGACUCCUGGAUGCAGAAGAAAAAAUACCUCAUGGGGGAAGCAGCAUGACCCUACUUUGACAAUGCAGCAAGCAACUGAUAUUUUUUCCUUUGGAACUUCUAAGGAAUCCCAUCCAGCAUGCAGACUAUGUUCACCUUCAGAGGCAACUGAAGUUACGGAAAAAUCGGAUGCUUUAGUUGCUAGUAAAGAUGCUUCAGAAAUUAUAAGACAGGGUAAUGGUGAAGUCCGGCAGUUAAAUGUUUUAUCUACCGCAUCAGAUCAAGAUAAAAUCAAGGACUUGUCAAACUUAGAUCUGAAAGCUUCUGGUGUAAAUAAUGGCAUUUCAGACAGACCUGUGGAGAAUAAGCUUCUCAAGUUCACAUUUACUAGGCGUAAGAAGGAAACUUUGUGCAGCCCAAAUGGCACUUUCUGUGGUGCUGAUAUUACUCCAAAGAAAAAGGGACGAACAAAUGACCAUUCUUUGAAGCUGGAGAACUCUGCCCCUAUGGGUGAAAUAUCUCAAGACAGGCAAGAGCUAGUGCAAGUUGCCGAACAGCUUAUGUCUCUGUCGAAGGGCAAAUGGAAUUAGAGGCUGUGUGGUGUCGCGUGAAGAGAGACCGGGAGGUUCCCUCAGCAGCCUGGUUCAAGAGAAAGGUUAUUUUGUUGGUGAUAUCUAUACAGGUAGCAGUGAGGCGGAUCAUGUCACAACGCGAUCUGAUAAUUUAUGGACCAUGUCAAUAUUUUCAUAGUUUUCCAGUUAUACUUUAAUAAUGGCCGUGGAACCUGCAUGGUAUAGUUGUUUUCUUGAACUUAUCUUUCAUUAUAGUAUUAUAGAGAGGCGAAUAAAGCAAAACUUUCGGAUAUAUAUUUAAUGACGACAUUCAUUGUUGUUUA